AUGGGAGCCAUUUUUCCUCCUCACUCUCUCUCUCCACUCCUCAACAUCAAACCAUCACCCUCUAGAAUCCUCUUGGCUCCCUCCCCCCAACCCAAGUCAAGUUCUCUCUUUUCCUCCAAACCCAUUGUUUCCAGCCUUAGAAAGAACCAAACUUCAUCUCCCAAACCUUCAUGCACAACCUGGUUGGCUCAUGCUCAACAGGGCCUAGCAGCUUUGGCUAUCUCCUUGGCCCUCAACUUUAGCCCAGUUUUGUUAAGUGGCAAUGCAUUGGCAUCCGAGUUUGAUGUGCUUAACGAGGUUCCACCCAAAGAUUCUUAUGUGGUUGAUGAUGCAGGAGUGCUUAGUAGGGUGACCAGGUCUGAUUUGAAGCAGUUAUUGUCUGAUUUGGAGUCAAGGAAGAACUUUCACAUCAAUUUUAUCACUGUUAGAAAACUCACGAGCAAAGCUGAUGCUUUUGAGUAUGCUGACCAAGUCUUGGAGCGUUGGUAUCCUUCUCUAGAAGAAGGCAACAACAAGGGUAUUGUGGUUCUUGUCACCAGUCAGAAAGAAGGAGCAGUCACUGGUGGUCCAGCUUUUGUCCAAGCUGUGGGAGAAAAAAUCCUUGAUGCCACUGUCUCAGAGAACCUUCCAGUUUUGGCUACGGAUGAGAAGUACAAUGAAGCUAUAUUUAGCACUGCUAAACGUCUAGUUGCUGCCAUUGAUGGUCUUCCAGAUCCUGGUGGGCCUACAUUCAAAGACAACAAACGUGAGUCUAACUUCAAAACCAAGGAAGAGACAGAAGAGAAGCGUGGACAAUUCACUCUUGUAGUUGGAGGUUUGUUGGUCAUUGCAUUCGUUGUUCCUAUGGCACAAUACUAUGCUUAUGUAUCCAAAAAGUAA